GCUAGGCGGCGAGCAUUGGAAAACAUGGUCGUGUGUUGAUGUUGCUUUGGAGCAUGAUCGUUUCAGAAUGCGAUAAAGUUUUGCUACGUGCACUGUGACGAAAGCGAACAUCGAACGUACAAAAGAAACAACGGUUUAGCCACCAGUUAUGUGACGACUUCGGCACCAGGUCCUGUGGCAAGGAUUCAACUUCGGCACCCCGUCACUACCGCCUCAAAUCAUGGAUUCCGAGAAGAAAACGGAAAUCAAAGGGAAGAGCUGGCGCCGUGAAAGGGAGGAAAGAGGCCGACGUCAACAGGCAAAGGCGUUGCAGGUCGAACAUGGGGACCAAAAAACCGGAGUACACUGUAACAACAACAUGCUCCACAGUCCUUCGAACAAUGGACACGGUAAAAAAGAGGACAUGGCAGGUACUAAUAACAAUAGUCAUGGGGAUCAGGCUCAGCUGAGACAUCCCGACGCCGAUGCGGUGGCUGAGAUGCCUGGCGAUGUCUUGGAAACCACGGAAGCUGACACCCGUGCAAAAGAGGAGGCUGCUUCCAUUGAAGAGAACGAAAAAACCUUCCUUGACUUAUACAUUGCUGAAACCCGAGAAAGACAUCACCUGAAGACCGAUCUGCGGAAUAAGAACCUCGCCGCAGCAGGUGGCCGUCCCGAGGAAGCUUUCUUUAGUAAACUUGACUCAAACCUGCGCAAAAACACUGCCUUUGUUAAGAAACUGAAAACAAUCACCGAGGCUCAACGCGACUCGUUAAUGAAAGAUAUGUCCGGGCUUAACCUAACAAAGUACAUCAGUGAAGCUGCUGCUGCAAUUGUGGAAGCAAAGUUAAAGAUGUCUGAUGUUCAGACUGCCGUUCUGGUAUGUUCGGCACUGCACCAGCGGUACGCCGAGUUCUCCACGCAACUACUUGAAAAUUGGGUGAAGGCUCUGCCCUUGAAGAAAGAUGACAAGACAACCAACCUGAGCAAAAUAAGGGUGGACUUGAGGUUUUUCGCAGAGUUGCUGUCUUCCGGAGUAUUCACGCAAAAGGAAGGGCUUCCAGUGCUCAAGAACCUGCUGACAUUCCUGACGACCAGCGACCGCGACGAUCACAGCAACCUGAACAUCCUGCUCAGUUUCUGCAAGCACUGUGGAGAUGACUUCGCCGGGCUGGUCUCUCGCAGAGUGCGUCAGCUGGCCGAGAAACACCGCUAUGCGCUGCCUUCGAGUGACUUUCUGGCCCCAGAGAAGCAGAAGGGGGUGCAGGCCCUGCUGAGGGAGUACUUUCGGUCCCUGUGCCGCCACUUGCUCCGGGACCACAAGAACCUGCAGUCCCUGGAGAGGCACAACCGCAGAGUGCUGCAGACCAAGGGGGAGCUGAGCACGGACCAGAGGGAGAAGUGCGAGGCCACCCACCUGGCCUUUCAGAAGCUGCUGACCGGCACCCAGCAGCUGGCCGAUAUCCUUGAUGAAGAACUUCCAGACUUGCCUCUCGAAGAAAUGACAACGCUGGAUAGCGACGGAGCCAAUUUAGAUGUUCACAACAGGUUCAAGGGCGGAGAGCUUGAUGGGACGACCUCUUUGUGGGAGGACGAAGAGACGCGCAGCUUUUACGAGAGCCUCCCUGACCUCAAGGCCUUUAUACCUGGGAUUUUAUUCAAAGACAGUGCUCAAGCUACCAAUAAUGUGACUGUGUUGGAGGAGCCUGCAGAGGUGUCUCUUGAAGAAGACCUGCAGAAGCUGGAGAUUGAAGGCAUCCUGGAAAUUGAAGAGGACAAGGAGGGCAAAUCAGAUGCAGGCAAGACUGAAGAGAAAGACCUCACUGAAACAUUGCUGCAGGAAAUUGAAGCCCCCGAGGAAGAGGCCUCUGCAGGCUCGGGACCCGGCAUGGCCAACAAACUCCUGCUCGACGGUUUCAUCUCGUCGCUGCUGCAUUGUGUCAGCAGGGAAAUGGUCGACCAGGCAGCCGAACAGUUUUGCAUGAACCUCAACACCAAACCGAACCGCAACAAGCUCAUCAAGGCCCUGUUCCUUGUGCCCAGAACAAGGCUGGACCUUCUUCCAUUCUAUGCUCGCUUUGUUGCUACUCUCACACCCUGCAUGCCAGACGUUGCUAACGACCUUGUCGGAAUGCUCAAGCAAGACUUCAAGUUUCACAUCAAGAAGAAGGACCAGAUUAACAUUGAGUCCAAGGUGAAGACUGUGCGAUUCAUAGGUGAACUGGUCAAGUUCAACAUCUUCCCCAAGUCUGAGGCACUCUUCUGCUUGAAGAUGUUGCUCUUUGAUUUCACGCAUCAUUACAUCGAGAUGGCUUGCAACCUUCUCGAAACCUGUGGCCGCUUUCUCUUUCGGUCGCCUGAUGCGCAUCAGAGGACUAAGGUUUAUCUUGAACAAAUGAUGAGGAAGAAGGCAGUGCAGGCCCUGGACAGUCGCUAUACCACAAUGAUUGAGAAUGCCUUCUAUUACUGCAAUCCCCCCGAGACACCAAUGUCUGUCAAGAAGGUGCGUCCCCCACUGCAUGACUACAUCAGGAAGCUUCUGUACAAGGACCUCACCAAGAGCAACACAGAAAAGAUCCUACGACAAAUGCGGAAGCUUGACUGGGAAGAUCCUGACGUGUGCGCGUAUGCGACCAAGUGCUUAAUCGCCAUCUGGAAUGUGAAGUACUACAACAUCCGCUGCGUUGCCAACCUGCUAGCUGGAUUGGUGGCUUACCAGGAAACAGUGGGCCCUCAGGUUGUAGAUGGAGUUCUGGAAGACAUCAGGCUUGGCAUGGAAGUGAAUCACCCCAAGUACAACCAGCGCAGGGUGAGCAUUGUGCACUACCUUGGCGAAUUGUACAACUACCGCAUGGUGGAAUCGUCCGUCAUCUUCAAGGUUCUCUACUCCUUCAUCACCUUUGGCGUCGCAUUCAGCGGGCCGUACUCUUCGGGAGCCCUGAACGACUUGGAUCCGCCAGACAGUUUGUUUCGAAUCCGGCUUGUCUGCAUUCUGCUCGAGACCUGCGGUCAAUACUUCAACACCGGGUCGUCCAAGAAGAAACUGGACUGUUUCCUCGUUUUCUUCCAAAGGUACUACUGGCAGAAGAAGUCCUCGGAGACGUACGGGGAGGAGAAUCCGUUUCCCGUGACGGUGGACUUUCUCAUCAAGGACGUGCUCACUCCCCUGCGUCCCAAGAUGAGGAUCUGCGAGAGCCUGGAGGAGUCCACGGCCGUUGUGGAGAACCUAAUGUCCGAACUGAAGCCUAAGCUCAUGUUAGACUCUGAGGAGUCUGACAGCAAGGGGGCAAAGGAUCAAGACAGCCUUGGCUGCAUUCAGGAAGUAGAAGAGGAUCCAGACGAAGAGAACCACAGUGCCGAGUGCAGUGAUCCAGACGUUGAGAUGGAGGGGGAUGGCGACACCGACGUCUUCAGCGGCAGCCAAAGCCAGCCGCUUGAGGACGAGGUGGCCUCGAGCAGCGAGGACGACGCGGCCUUGGAGGAUGACAGGGAGUGCUCCCAGGACGUCACGCUGCUGGGCAGGCGGACCAAGCGGGCCCCGUGCCCGGAGGACGACGACUUCAUGACUGCCUUCGACAAGAUGCUGUCUGAAAGCAUCCUCCAUCGCAGCCAGGAUUCUGUGAAACCUCAGGCUGACAUUGUCAUCCCAAUGAGCUUGAAAGGUGGCCACCAAAAAAAGACCUAUAGCAACCUUUUGGAACAGAAGCACGAAGAAGAGAAGAAUACCAUGAACUUCAUUCUGAUGACUCGCAAGGGAAACAAACCGCAGUUCAAGAGUUUGGAGGUACCCGUCUCUUCGGAACUUGCUCAGAACCUGAAGGACAGGGAAGAGGCCGAGAGAGCGGAAAAGGAACAAGUCAAGAUGCUGACUCUCAACAUCAACGAACGCCAGGAAGAGGAAGACUACCAAGAAAUGCUGGCAGCACAGCAAAGGCCAGUUGUGCUGAAUCUGAACAGGGACAGAAGACACAAGUAUCAGCACCCGAAAGGAGCUCCUGACGCAGACCUCAUCUUUGGAAACAAGAAGCGCUGAAGUGGACCCGCAUCGCAGGACCUUGGAGGCAGGAAAGCAUGGAAUGCGCGUCCCAGACACCACCAGCCACGUCUUCAGCAGCUGAAUGAACAGCCUGCAUCAAGCUGAUGCCCCGCAAGCCGUCGUGUUAGCUCCAGUGGUCACAGAGCUGUCCACAGGGGCCACUGGGCCAGUUCAUUGCCAGUGUAUGUGCCUCCCUUCAAUAAAACCUCUCAGCAGUGCAGGGCAAGUGUGCAAACCA